AUGGUAGACCCUAUACAGCAUGAUAUGGAAAUCGACAAGGUAGACCCUUCACUGGAGUCGGCCAAGCGCAAAGCGCCCGAGACAAAACCAAAGACCAUCCAUUUCACAUCGCGCAAUCCACCCUGGACCUACCUCAAGCUCAAGCUUGUCUACCAACCAGGAAGUGCACCACAACCGCUCGACCCCCUCUCUGCACGAACCUAUCUCUCCUCCGCAUUAUCACAAUUCCUCGGCCUAACAGGCACAGCCAUUCCAAUCGACAUUCUCAAGAUCGAGAACGGAACCUCAACCCCCAAACACGAUAUCGUAUGGAUCCGCGUCCCGCGGGAAGACGCCUCGGCCGUCGUGAGCGCAGUCAGCUCGUGGAUCGGCGGCGGAACAGCGGGCUCUGCGGACGUCGCGUGGAGGGUUUGCGCCAAGGGGAAUUUCCUCGGCGCGCUGGUUGCUGGCUCGGGGGCUGAUCUGUUCGUUCCCUAA